ACCCCGCCGGCAGGAGGCUGCCAGGAGCGUGGCGCAUGCGCGGCGGGCAGGCCGCGGGGCCAGCGAGACGGUUGGCGCCCCGCGCAUGCGCUUCGGUUGGGCAUCGGGGCUGCCCGGCGGGGAGCGGCGGCCGCCCGUGUCGCGGCGGAGAGCGAGGCUCAGCGGCACGAGGACCAGCGUAUGGGCCUGCCUUGGUGGGGAACAGUCGGUGUCGGCUGUUUUACCAACUCUUUGUAAGACAGUGAAGUACAAAGGAUGCAAACAGAACUGAUGAGAAGGGAUACCUGAAUUUUUUUUCAGUUAAACCAGGGAGCUCAAUCCAGUAGAUGCCUAUGAGCCUGAAAACAGCUGGAUCAAAAGGUUCCACCUUUCAUUGUUACUGAUCCUGCUUUGUACCACUUUGCUGAUCCACAUUUAGUUGAAGCGAACAGCUGGGCUAUAGAUUUGACAUCUAAGUGGAUAGGGCUUUAGUAAGUGUCUUUCUGAAGCUCUAUCAUGAAGAUCUUGUGCGUGCUCUGCACAAAUUGAGGUGCUGAACUCAUGGUCUAGAGACCUCUGAAGAAUCAGCUUGUGAAAGCAGGUGGGGUCCUUGGAGAGAGAACAUGCUCUACUAAAUGGCUGUGAAUUAACUGUGGAAGAAUGAACAGUCAGAACAGCACAGAAGUGCCCGCUCUGUUGACCUCAUUGAAGUCUGGAAAAUUAACAUCUCUGAGGUGGUAGAAGUGAACUGGUGAAAAUACCAGGUCACGGGUGAUGCAAACCUGAACUGAUUCUAGUAUCUCCCCCUGCCUUCCAGUCCUCACAGUGUCGUUAGGCCAGUGUUACUGGAACCUGCAGGCCAAUGGAUGAACAGGACAAUGAUUUUAAAGAGUUGUGGGCAAAUCUUUUGAAUAGAGCAAAGAAAAAAGCUGGGGAUGCUGAGGCAGCAAAGAGGGCUCAGAACAGGCCAAAGAGCACUGCAGCAAGAAGCAAAUUAAGAAGAGACAGAGCUGCUGCUAAGAGCCAAAACCAUCAUCGCUUACCAGCAGUGAAAGAAGGAAACUUAUCUCAACAUUUGGGUCCAAAAGAACAAAUGGUGCAUAAAGAAGAUGAUGACACUGUGGCCUGUAGUAGUGGUGAGACUGCACAAGGGGAUGGAGAGAGAAGCCCCUUCCCUGCCAGCCAGCUGAGUACAGUGGCCAGCGAGUGUAGCCAAAGGGCUCUGACAGUAAAUACCCAGAGUGGCUGUUCCCAGACCACAUUAUCCUUCCAUCCUGCUACACAGCCAGAGACCUGCUCUUCACCCACCUCAAAGGUACCGCCGCUUGCAGUGUCGAAGAUGCGGGUAGCAGAUCUGGUAGUGGAGAGAAUGCAGCAGUUCAAGAGGGUGGCACCUGAGCAGCUAAAACACAGCACAGAUGAUAGUUUGCCAAAGUCUGUAGCCAGCGGGGAUUUCCCUGAUGAAAGCCAGGGGCAGAACCCACCAGAGAAUGAUACCCACCAUCUUCCAUCCAUGGAACAUGAUGGUGCUCUGGCUUUGGCUCUUCAGCAGGAAACCAAAGAGGAAGCCCUGGCAAGCCUGGAGGAUGCAGGCUUGUUUUUUUGUCAGAUCUGCCAGAAGGAUAUCUCAGCCAUGAACACAACACGACGAGAGCAGCAUGUUAACAGGUGUCUGGAUGAGAUGGAAGAAGCACAGAUAUCCUCCAGCAAACCUCUGGUCCCUGAAUGUCCCAUCUGUGGGAAGCAGUUCCGAACCCCACAGAGUCGAAUCAGUCACUUGAAACGCUGUGCUGUCGAGAUGGAUGUUCCUCCUAAGAUGCUUCUUCAGGCGGUUCAGUUGCAGGUAUCCACUCUUGGUGAUGCACCUCUUCAGUGUCCCAGCAAUCAACCAAGCAGGUCAAAGCGAAAAGGCUCCUCCAAAGAGGACUCAAAAAUGCAGAAGAGGGCCAAAAUGGAGACUAAGGAUGAAGAUUUGCUGGUUGCUAUGGCAAUGUCACGCUCUCUGUUGGAGCAAGAAAAGCAGGAACAGGCAAAAUCAGUUACAAAUGUGAAACCCGUGGCUGCUUUGCCGAUCAAAUGGAAGCCAGGAUCAGAGAAAAAACAGCGUAAAAAAGUCUCAACUGCACCUCCACCAUUACUGCUUCAGGACCCAGAGAAGGCCCGCAAAAGGAUCCAAGAGCGAGUAGCUAUGCUGCUUGCAGAAGAGGUGGAAUUCCCUCCCACCCCUCAGCUUCCCGCUAGUAGGAUUUUGGAGGAUGAAUCUGGGAAAGCAACCUGGCUCUUGCCAUUGUCCAAAACCAAGGAGUGCUUUUUAUGGAAUAUCAGUGCUCUGACUGGACCCUGUGACCCUGAAUCAUUCUACACUGCUGCGUUAACCCCUCCAAUUGUACCUUGGAAGCCUAUGCAGAAUCAUAAGACAGAGAACAUUUUGCCAUCGGUGGGAUCUGCUCAGCCAAAAGUAUCCGAGCAAAUUCAGCCUGACCUCAGUUCUCAUGAGUCCACUUGCACAGAGGCUGGAGGCCAAACUUGCAAUGAAUCCAAGUCAGACCCUGAAGGAGAUGAGCAGGUUUUAUCUCACAGCCAGAAGGAUGUUCAGACCCUGCAGGACCUAGUUGAGUUGGCCAGGGAAGGACUUACCCUUACUCAAUGGAACCUUGAUGUUGGCCACAUUCAGGCAGCAGAGCAGACAGGAAAAGAACUGACUUGCAGCGAUAUUCCACAUAGUGGCUUUGUGCCCCGGUCCAAAGAGAAGAGCCUCCUGACAAGCAGCUGUAAAAGAGUGGAACUGCAUCUCACACAGAUGUUCACUGGAAUAAAACUUGCAGUUCCUGAACUCUACAGUAGGUUUGAAAAGCACAAGUCCCCUCUCAGGUUGCUGGCUGAAGAUUUCAGUGCAAUGGUCAACAACCCCCACUUAAGUGAUGUCCAGUUCCAGGUGGACUGUGGGGAAGUCUUUUAUGCCCACAUGUUUGUGUUGUACGCACGGUGUCCACAGGCCAUGCAAGCUGUUCACAGCCAAGGAUUCUUAGUGGAGGAGGAUGGGAACGCACAGACACGCCGUGUGCUGCUGAGCGAUGUGACUGGAGAGGCGGUGUGUGCAUUCCUGCGAUACCUUUAUGCUGCUGAUGCUGACAUCCCUGCUAGGGUGCUGCCCCAGGUGGGGGCUCUGGCUGCCAGGUUUGGUGUGAGGGAACUGAUGGCAAAGUGUGAAAACAACACAGGAGAGAGUCAGGGGUCUUCUGGAGUGGAUUCAGAAGAUGAUCUUAUCUCUGUGAGGGAUGACAGAGAUUGUGAGGACAGAGCUGAGAACUUCCAAGACCUCUUGAAGUCAGUGUGGGUAGGUGAAGAUGAGGAAGAAGUAGGUAUGCUGAAUCCUGAAUGCCAGAAGGAAGACGACUGUGGGGUGGGUGAACAGGAGCUGGAGGAAAUCUAUGAGUUUGCUGCAACUCAGAGAAAGAUGGCACAAGGUGAAACAGAGGCGAGCGAGGGAACAGACUGCAGCAUCUGCAGUGAUACUGAGGCAGCGCAAGGCACAAAUGAGCAGACUGAGGAGGAAGAGGUAAAGAGAGCUGAACCUGCUCCAUUAGGCAACAGCUUCAAAGAUCUGAGGGAUGACAAUGAUGUGGAAAGAUCUACACGUGACGCAUCUGCCCAAGAAGAGAAAAUGCAGAAUAUAAAUAGGUGCAGGAGUGUGAAUGAUCCACAGACCGCUUUUGUGCCUCACCACAGUGAACCUCAAAAAUGGGACAUAGCAUCCCAUGGUGCUACCACUAACGAAGGAGAGACUGUUAGGAGAUGUGAAGGUGUGAAGGAUUCCGGGUCAUCUCAGGACUUGCAUGAUGAGGCAGAUCUCUGUGAAAAACAGCUUCCUGGCUUCCACAGUGAUGCUAAUAUAAAUGAAAGUUAUGAAUGCUUGUCUUCUGCAACUCAGAGAAAUGACUGUGAACCUUCCCCAGUGAAAGAAUCUAUCAAAGAACCAGGAAAUACUCCCAGUGAAAAACAUGUUGAUGUUAAUGAUUCACUUCUGUACGGUGUGUCACAAAAAGACCUCUCUCCUCACAGAAGCGGUUUUUAUGGGAGUCCUCCUCCCAAACCUUACACGUCCCUUUUUCCUGCUGUUGGCUGUUCACCUGCAUCUCCAAAAUCAGAGAGAAAGUUUGCCAGAGAACAUGUGUCAACACCAAAGCAAAACAAAAAGGAAAAGUCACACCCAUCUGAUGAAAUACACUUUCAGAAAGCCAACGAGCUGGAUACUGCAUCAAGAAACAACACCACAAUUGCUCCAGCAGAGCUUCCCCACAUUGAUGUAAACAAGCAUACAUGUGUCCCAGUGUUGUCAUCACUGGUCAUCAGGACUCAGGAUGUUGCAGCUCAGGGGAACAGGGAGGGUGAUGUUAUUGUUUUAUCUUCUGAUGAUGAAUUGGAGUUACAAGACAAGAAGUCACCAGAGUCAGGCUCCAUUCUGAAGAAAAUGGAAAUCCCUGGGCAACUGAAAUGUACAAACAUAGAACAAAGUCCUGAGAUACCAGAACCUGAACAUAACUCCUCAGUCACUGAAACAGAGCAGAGAUCAAUGCAGGUCUCGUGUGACAUUACAGAUACAGUGCAUAUAAGUAACAAUGUAAAGGUGUCCACUGAAGUGCCUCUCAGCAGACAAAUAGAUGCUUGUAUGGAGAGCAAACAGAAUCCAAACCUGAGCCCUGAAAAAAGGCUUGGUCAUGAAACGUCUUCAGGUACAGAUGGCUCCUGGCUAGUGCCAGACACACCAGUUCUGAGCAAAAGCAGAAGUUCAUCAACGCAGACUCAGGUCACAAGUAUUAAUUCUUUAAAGAGGCCAGGAUCUAAACUUAGCAGAAAGAACUUAGCAGCAGGUGAUAGUAACCAUGACAUGACUGGAAAUUUAAUAAAAGUGUGUGAAACAACACUGUCAGACAAACAUUUGCCUAAGGAGAACUCAGUCAGUGAAAGGAGGCCUCCCAGCAGCCCAGCAGCAGGAUCAUUUUCCGAGAACUCCCUACCAGUUUCUCCAGUGGAUCCAGUUCUCCUCUCCCCUGGUCACACCAACAUAAAAAGCAAAUGUGCCAAGAUCUCAUUUUUAUCCAAACCUGUGUCUCUGUGCCAUGAGCAGUCACUGGAAGAUAAAACAAAAACCAGUGUGAUUGAGAUAGAGGACAGUGAAAAGGAAGUAACUCUGUCUUCUUUGAGUAGUAGCGUCUUGCUUUGUGGUGAGCCCCUGGUCCAUAUUGAUGACUGCUGGCAGCUUGAGCAUGUGUCACCAGUCAGAGGUAACAGCCAGGGCUCCAACCAGAUCAGCCGUGCAAAGACCUGUACUACCAGCAGCCCCAGACCUGGCUCUUGGUGUGACCAGUGGGAGAGCCCAGUCCACACAUGGGAAAUUAAGGGCAGUACCCCUCUUCGAGGAAGCCCUGUUGGCAGAAGAACACCUUUGCUCUGUCUUGAAAAGAGUCCUGUGGAGGUGUGUUCAUCAGCAGGCAGUAGACCAAGUUAUCUGAACUCCAAACUCUGGGAUCACUGGAAUGGAGAAGAAGAGGAAGACGAAUUUCCAGAGGUGCUCCCUCUGUCUCAGAGGGUGUCAGCUGCAGCAGGUGCCUGUCAGGCAGAUCCUGUAAAGACUCCUGAACCUUCCUGUCAGGAGAACGACAAGUCUUCCAGCACUCCAGUGACACCGAUGCCAGCUUACUCCCUCAUGGAGACCCCAGAGCUGAAGAAGGAGUUGAGCAGAUUUGGUGUCCGCCCUCUCCCAAAACGCCGGAUGGUGUUGAAGCUGAAGGAGAUAUUCCAGUAUACUCACCAGGACGUGGACUCUGACUUUGAGGGUGAAAUCCCAUCUUCCCAGCCUCCCCUGCAGAAGUCCCCGGCCAAACACUCUAGGAAGUCAAAGGCAGACCGGACUGCAGGGGGGAAGCGUGGCAAUACCUCGAGGGCUGUGGGCAAAAGGAGGCAGGUUGCUACAGCUUCUUCAGUGCUCUCUGUGGGGAGGGCUGAGGAUGACCUUGUCGGAUCCUGUGAAGCAGGCUGUGCAGCAGCCAAGGAGGGAACUAAAAUGACACAUCGCCCAAAAGGAGCCAAAAAGCAGAAAAGGUCAUCUGUAUCUCUGGAGAGGUCGUCUCUGGCAGCUGAUGGUGAGGAACUCAUGCUCCCAGCAUCUCAGGAGUCUGCUGUUUCUUCAGUGGAUGGAAGUGACAUCUCUUUUGGUUCACAGAGUUCUUUCAUGAAUGGGUUUGAAGCUUGCGCUUUUGAAUCUGAGGAGGAAGAAGAGGAGCUUCCUGCAUCUCAGGUAGCAGCUCGGGAAGAAGAAAAGCUGGACGCGAUAAGGUGCUACAUCCGUUCAAACACAGCCCUUUACCACAGGAUUCUCUUUUAUGAGCCAAUUGAACUGGCUGAGCUGCACACAGAGCUGAAACAGAACGGCAUUAAAAUUUCCAAAGCAAAACUGCUGGACUUUUUAGAUGCUCACUGUAUCACAUUUACCACAGCUGGAGCCCGAAAAGAGAAGGAACAAAAGAGAAAAGGAAAAAAAAAGCAGAGGAGACGAUACUGAGUGGAGCUCGCUCCUUCAUCCUGAAAAUUUUGUACGUGGAGGCCUUCCUGAUAGGCUGGGAACGCCGCUCCAGGCUGGUGCUCGCAGGGGUGCUGUGCUGGGCGGGUGCGCUGCUCCCCCUCGCGGCCUGCCGUCAGAUGGCAUGCUGGAGAGGCGCCGAGCUCCCGCUCCAGCCCUCUGCUCCGAAUUGCACAAACUCCUCCAGUUGCUGUCCUGCCUUCGGCACACGGGUCAUCUAGAGCCUCUUUCCGCCCACCCGCCCCGCGCCCCCCCCCCCCCCCCCCCCCCCGAUUUGUUUUCUGUGCCUUUUCUUUCCAUUUUUCUGAUAGGUUUUAAGUCCCCAAUUUUGCUUCACGUUGAUGCUUCUAGACAGGUGCUUCCCCGAGUGACAUUUGCCAAGACCUUUUCCCUGGUCUUGGGCUCUGAAACGCUUCGUCCUUCAGGUUCCAGUAUUCAGCAGGAUAACUUGCCAGCAAUAAACCAGUCCCCUUUCCCCUGUGUAAAGCACUGGAUGUUUAGGCCCCAGUCACUAACGUCUUCGUUUCGUCAGCACACAAUUUGCCUUGCUGAUUGUUAAGGCAGGGAGCAUUGUGGAAAUACGACAUCUGCCUUCUGUCCUUGGUUCAAUUUGCAAUCUUUGGUGAAAUGCCUAAAUCUGUGGGUUUUAAAUGGCUGCAAAACAGCGCAGGUGUUUUUCUAGUCUCUUUGUGAGGGCUCCCCAAAGUGCCCUCUGACACUGGGUGUCAUCUGAAAGCCCUUUAGAUUCGAACAUUCGGUUCCCUCUGUUCGUUUGCAUGCUGGAUCCGUGUUAGAUACCCUCUGCUCCAUUUUCUGAGCACCAGUUUACCUUGUCAGUGUAGCUUGAGUAUGUCCUUGAUGGAGAUGUUUUUAAGAUGAUAUUAUAGUGAUCACUGGAUCUCUUCAGUACUUCUUGUAACCUGAUCUUAGAUUUAGUGGGUUUAACCCACUUCUAUGAUCAGCCUCAUUUCCAGCCUGGACUGAUCUAAGGUUGUAAACUGUCUGGGACUCUUGGGCAAGUCUUGGACCCUAAACUGUCAUCUUUCAUGUAUUCACGUUCACAAUGUUUUCUGACUCUUGUCUCUUCUGGCAGUUUUGAGUCUGCAAAGAGUCUCACUGAACAAAAUGGACACAAUGCUUCAAAAAAAGAAGCCGGAUUUAUAAAUAUAUUUAUGUAUUUAGAACAUCUAAACAUGUUUUCUAUUUUUGAUACAGUACGUCUUCGGGUUUAUUUGAUUUCUAUUAUAUACAAUAAACAAUCUAUGAGGUA